GAAAGCUCCAAGGGAAUGGAGGGAAGCUUUGGCGGCGUUCCCGAAUGAAAUUGAAAGGCACGUGAACCAAGAACUGACCCUCCAGUCUCGAGCAUCGUCUCGUCUCCUCAAGCAGCCAGGUGUUCCUAUGGCGUAAUUUCAACAAGAUUCGCCUCCCAUGUCCGGCGCUGACAAACAAAAACAAAAACCCAUCUCGCUCGCACCUCGAUUCCCAAGAGAAUCGAAUCCCCACUCUCCAAAUACAUGGAUUCCCGGGAAUUGGCAGCUUUAAUCUCUUCUUUGAUCUCCCAACUCCUCCUCCACCUCUUCCUCCUCUUCCCUUCCUCCAAUCCACAUUCCCUUUUGUCCAAUUUCGAUUCCGAUUCCGAUUUCUACGCAAAUGCUUUCCCUCUCCUCACCCACUUCCUCUUUUCGCAGGAAAUUGCUUCCUCCCUUUCAUUUCUCUCGGUUUCGCGUAAGAGGAAGAGAACCCAUUUGCCGGAGCAGCUCGAAUUGGAGCCAUCUGGUGGCGGCGGCGGCGGCGGCCGUGGACGAGUCCAUUUGUUGUGGACUCGAAGGCCCGACUCGUUCAGAAAUCACUUCAGAAUGACCUCCUCAACUUUCGAAUGGCUCUCCGGUUUGCUCGAGCCCCUUCUGGAGUGCCGCGACCCGGUUGGUUCGCCCCUCAAUCUCUCCGCCGAGAUUCGACUCGGCGUCGGCCUCUCUCGGCUGGCCACCGGCUGCGAUUUCUCGACAAUCUCCGAACAAUUCGGCGUCUCGGAAUCGGUAGCUCGGUUCUGUGCUAAGCAGUUAUGUCGGGUUCUCUGUACCAAUUUUCGCUUCUGGGUCGAAUUCCCCUGCCCCAAUGAGCUCGAAUCUACAUCCUCAGCGUUCGAAGCCCUCGCGGGGCUCCCGAAUUGCUGCGGCGUGGUUGCUUGUACAAGUAUUGUUGCAGGAUUUCGUGGCGAUAAGGACGACUCGACGGUGCUUAUGUCCUCGACGCUGUUCAAAGACAUUGAAGAAGGAAGGCUUCUGGAUUCUCCUCCGGUUUACCUUCAUGGGAUGGCUGUGAAUCAGUACUUUUUUGGACAUGGCGAAUACCCUCUGCUACCAUGGUUAAUGGUGCCUUUUUCAGGAGCUGUUUCAGGGUCAACUGAAGAGAGUUUCAACAAAGCCCACCGAUUGAUGUGCAUUCCAGCUCUAAAAGCGAUCGUUAGCCUGAGAAAUUGGGGAGUUCUGAGCCAACCAAUGCGUGAGGAGUUCAAAACUGCAGUUGCUUAUAUUGGGGCUUGUUCAAUUCUUCAUAAUGCUUUGUUGAUGAGGGAGGAUUUUUCUGCCAUGGCUGAUGAAUGGGAGGGCUUAGCUUCACUUGAUCAUGGCUCUCAGUAUAUUGGGGAGGGAUUGAAUGAGGAUUCAACUGAUGAGAAGGCUUCUGUUAUUCAGAGGGCACUGGCUCUGAGAGCUAGAGAGCUUCAUAGUUGAAAUUUCAUCACAAGAAUCCAGUUGGUUUGGUGAAAUAAGUACAGCCCAUUUGAAGAGAUUUCAUCUCUUUGGAUAUUUAUUGAAGGCAGCUCAUCCAGCUCCAUUCAACAAUUACUAUUGUAGGUAAUUGAUGAUUCUUUUACAAAUCAAUAUAGCAACACAUUCUCUCCA